CACCGCUCAGCAGUCAGAGGAUCGCUCAGGGACCAGAAAAAGGGGUCUUGCCUAAGCACUUGUGAAGAAGAGAAAGUCAGUAACCAGGCUUCAGAGAGGGCAUCUUUUGAGUCAACAAGAUGAGGACACGGACGCUGCUGUUUCUGUGUGUCUGUGUGUGUGCCGCCUGGGCCCAAGGCAACUUCGAAUAUGAUGAUGACUACGAGCCGGUCAGAUCAGGGACACAUUCUGUGGACGCUCGCGGUCACCGGCCCGUUAACAGAGGCCGCGAAACCUACAACCCAGUUCGCUACGUACCACCACCUGUUAGUGUAUCCACGAGGUACCGAGGACGACCCACGUCGGCCCCGACCGCAGAACUUAAGCAGCCCGAGGAGCUUGAGCAGCCAGAAGCCGGAGGUUGUUUGCACAUCUCCGCGCAGAUGGGUGUUCUGUGCCCCAACGGCUGUGAGCUGAAGUCCACAAUUGUUAAACAAGAGAGGAACGUCAUGCAGGGCUUAAGCAGUCUCAGGAAUCAGGUGGACGCUUUGUCAGGAUCCUCCAACAACAUCUACAACUAUGUCGUGAGCAUGUCUGGCUCCCUGAGAGAGAGGCAGCAAGUUGUUAAUGGCAACAACAAGUUGGUAAAUCAGUACACAGACAGCAUUGAGGAACAACACGUCUUUAUCAAGGAGACGGUGGACACGGUCUUCCCCUCCAACAUCAGAAUCCUACAGGGCAUUCUGGACAAGAUCAGGAAGAAGAUCCAGAAACUGGAGAGGGCCGUCCUGGUCCAGAGUGAACAGUGCGAAGAGCCAUGCAAGACCACCUGCCCCAUACCAGUGGUCUCUGGUAAGGAGUGUGAGGAUAUCUACCGUCGCGGAGGCCGAGACUCCCAGAUGUACCUAAUCCAGCCUGACCCCCUUUACCCGCCAUACAAGGUCUUCUGUGAUCAGACCACCCAGAAUGGAGGAUGGCUGCUAAUCCAGAACAGGCAGGAUGGAAGUGUAGACUUUGGCCGUCGUUGGGAUGACUAUCGGCUUGGCUUUGGCAAUAUUGCCUUUGACGUUGGCAAGGGUCACUGUGAGACACCUGGGGAAUACUGGCUAGGCAAUGACCGCAUCAGUAAACUGACCAGAACAAAUCCCAAUGAGGUCCUUAUUGAGAUGGAGGACUGGGCAGGAGGCAAGGUCCACGCCCAGUACAAACAGUUCUCGAUCCAGCCAGAGGUGUCCAACUACAUCCUGUCAGUGGGAACUUAUAGUGGAAAUGGUGGUAACUCGUUGAUGGAUGGAGCCACGGAGCUGUUUGGCGAAAACCGCACUAUGACCAUUCACAAUGGCAUGAUGUUCAGCACCUACGACAGAGACAAUGACAAAUGGACGUCAGGAGACCCCACCAAGCAGUGCUCCAGGGAAGACGGGGGUGGCUGGUGGUACAACCGCUGCCACGCAGCCAAUCCCAACGGCCGAUACUACAUGGGCGGGAGCUACACGGCCCACAUGGCCAAGCACGGCACAGACGAUGGCAUUGUCUGGAUGAACUGGAAGGGCAGCUGGUACUCCCUCAAGGCCAUCAGCAUGAAGAUCAGACCCUACUUUGCCUCUCGAUAGGUGGGUUUGCAGAGGUGGUGGAGGGGGUGGGGUAGUCGAAGGCACACCUACACAGUGCAUACAGGUAGCUCCCAAAAUGAAACAAACGCCAACAUAAAAUGUCAACAUAAAAUGCAUGUCAGACACAUGCACUUACAACAAACUUGUAUUUCUGAAAAAGUUCCUAUCAGCAUUUAACAAAUUAAGAGUAACAAACCAAAAUUUAAGUCAACUACAUUGGACUUUAUUGAACGGGUUUAGUUAUCCUACGUCCUGGGUAUGACGUUAAACUGCAACCGUCGGGUUGGCAGCGGCUAAACCGACAUACCCACUUCAACCCUUUGGCUGUUAUGAGGAGGGUGUGUGGACACCCAGCAGGACUAAAAACAAAACCUGUCAAAGGGCGGAUGAGUUACUCUGUGAAACAACGGCCAUCCAUACCUGGAGAGGAGAUGGGGACCACCAGGUACUCCCCCUACUGAAACACAAUGAUGACUCAACCUGUUGAGGCAUCAGCUGUGCUCGUACGACCUCCAUAGGUUACGGAACGGAUGAUGAUGAUGAUGAUGAUGAUGAUUAGUUAUCCUGGAUUUCAAAUGGCUGUAGUGGGCCGAAGGGUUUUGAAUUUUUGUCAAACCAUGUAAACUUUAGUUGUGGUUGGAAAAAAAAAUCCAUUGAAAAUGUGGCUUUUUGUCUUCAAUCAAAGUGUUCAGAAAGCAUACUAAAACCUGUUGAUAAGUGUCAUGGCUGGUGACCAGCGAAUCAGUCAAAAUGAAGUGGUUGUUGAGACAACAAGAGUUUCCUGUUUAAAGACUUUUGUUGUUCGCACAACAAAGCCUGAAUUGGUCUGCAGAACAACUACCUAACUUAAGAUGAGCAUCCUAAUUUGAACACCUGUAUCAAGUACACGCCUUUCCUUGUGCAGCCGGUUUCCACCCACUGAUAUUUAUGCCAAUAUUAUGUUCUCACCUUUAACCUUUCACUAUGUGGCCAUGGUUUUCCCCUCACAAUGGGGAGAAACACUCCCCAGGAUGUUUGUGUUCUGCUUCUGUGUCGCUUCAAAAUUUUAACAUCCUUGUGGAAUCUCGGUACUUUUUGGGUCAUUCUAACUCCUUUUAUUUGAGGUGGUUUCUUGUUGCGCAAGGAUGUGUGUAAUCUUCAUUUUUAUGAUACCACAUUAGAUAUAAACCAGGUUUUUCCAGUAUGCAAUACAAUUUAUUUAUUAAUCAAUCUCCCGCCCAUAAUCAGAUGCCCCAUUGAUCAACCAUAUAGGUGGAGCAGGUGCUUCCCUGUGCAAAGAGGAGUCUCAUCAGUCAUUCCUUUUCCUGACGUUCUAAUGGUCAUGUCAACACUAAUGGUUAUGCUGACAUUUUGCAACACCACUUUUCUUCCUGCUGUUUUUGGCAAAUCAUCCACACAUGGUCUUGAGCUUUUUGUUACAGUUGUUUUGUUCACCCAAGUUUAACAGUUAUGCAGAUACAUGGACGAAUACACCAUAUAAGGAAAAAAAGAUAAAAGGCAGCGUUGGAGAAAUGUUGUAAUGGCAGUUUACACCACCACAAAUGAAGAAAAGACACCCUGUAGUUAUGAGUGUGCUUCGAUUUGCUCCCUGUUUUCAUGUGUGAUGUGUUAUAUUCUGUACUGCCGGCAGACGGUCCUUGCUGACCUCCGCUACUCAAUAAACAAGCCGAAGAACAAA